GAUUCGUGAGAAACGUGCGAAGAUGGAACGGCUGGCUGAUUCCCGCCAUCCAGUUGCCUCGCCCAGCGACGAGUUGGUAACGCCGCCACCGAAGACAAGCGUCCUGCCGGAUAACGCAGACACGCAGCUGUACGACGUCAUGGAGGAGCCUCUGGCCCCUUUGACCCCAAAGUUCAACAAACCCACCAGAAUGCCGAGCACCGCAUCUGUGGACACGAAACGCUGGGUCUAUCAGCAUCCGGGUGUGCCGAAACCGAAAGCAUGUGAGCCCCGGGCACUGCUUCAAGAACCCCUACCGGUUCAAAAGGAUGACGAGGUCGCGACAGAUGCUCAAGCGCAGGAAGCAGAGCCCAUGGAGGAGGAUGCAGAGCUGAUGGAGGAGGACGCAGAGCAGAUGGAGAAGGGUGCAGAGCAGGUGGAGGAGGAAGCAGAGCAGAUGGAGGAGGAAGCAGAGGAAGAGCCUGUUCGCACAAAGGGUGCUCCCUCCAAGGCCAAGGCCAAAAGCAAGAAAGCCGCCGCCGAGACGGAUGCUGAGGAGGAUGGGGUGUCUGCGAAGAAGCGAGCCAAGAAGCUUAAGCGCAAGGCCUCCAGGACUCGUCGUUCCAAGCAGCAGAAGUUGAGCAGAUCCCAGGCGGAUGAGGAGGAGCCCGAGCACGAAGCCGAGAACGCGGACGACGAGCGCGGCGAGGAUGGGGACAUGGCGUGGGGUGACGAGGACCGCGACGAGCCAACGUCCAAUCGCAAGCCGAAGGCCAAAGCCACGCCGAAAGGCAAAUCCGGGCCCAAAGCCAAAGCCAAAUCGACGCCGAAAGGCAAAUCCGGGCCCAAAGCCAAAGCGGCGCCGAAAGGCAAAUCCGCGCCCAAAGCCAAAGCCACACCAGCCAAGUCCUCGUCCUCGAAGCAAGCCGAGGUUGACGAGGAUGCGCCGACGAAGCCGAAAGGGGGUCGACCCAAAGGAUCCAAGAGUAAGGCAAAGGAGCCUGCCGAGCCUGUCGAGGAUCAGAAGAAGAAGCGGGCUCCCAGGGUUGCUCCGAGCAUCCGGCUCAACAGCAAGACCGCCGAUGACACGCCCCACGACCCUCUCGAUCUUAAGUAUCUGUUGGAGUUUUGGAGCGACUUCGAGGACCCCAAUGCCGACCUCGCCAUCUUGAAAAAAGAGGUUAAGGCAUGGAAGCCAGUCUUCGCCUACGUGUCGCCGGACAUCUAUUGGAGCCGCAAAGAGUGUGCGCUGACUUUCCAUUACGAGACCGAAGAUGGGGAGCCUUGCAAAAGCAACCUGGGCCACUUCCAUUUCACCGACAACAAGUGCGGGCUUUUGGUGGCCAUUGCUUGCGCGUACUUGCUGGCUUGGUUCAUCGAGGAGAAGAACAUCUUGGAUCCUCGGCAUGCCGACAUUGCACCCAAGGUGCUGUCGCUCAAGGCUGCAGGGUUCAAGGCCAUCAAGGAGUUGGGUGCUUCCGGCUACACCGAUUAA